CUGCUGCUAGAGAUGCCAAUGUUGUUUCAUCCACUAGUGAUCAAUCCCGGAUCAACAUGGAUGGUCGAAGCUUACAGUUAGUCAUGAAUGAGCAAGUGGAAAAAAUUGAUUCCGCAGGUAGCCUAAUAUCAGAUGUUCUACAUGCAUCAUCAGACCCGGCGAAAUUGGUUUUGGAUGCAAUGGAAGGGUUUUAUUCGUCAGAUCUUGAUGUGGAAAACAGAGAUCUUGAUCAUUUGAGGGUUGUAAGAAAGAGCUGUAUUCUUUUGCUACAGCAGUUAAAGAGAAUGUCACCAAUAAUUAAUCCUCAGGUGAGAGAAGAAGCAGUGAAAUUGGCAGCUGUUUGGGAUGAGAAGAUGGCAGAUACCGCUGAUGAUGAUGAUAAUAGUUGGGGGGCUUUGGGCUUUUUGCUGCUGAUCACUACAUAUGAAUUGACAAGUAAUUAUCAUUUGAGGGAGCUUCGAAUGCUUCUUGAUAUGGUUUCUCAGCCAGAACAAGUUGCUGAGUUAAGUAGGGCUCUUGGUAUCACUGAUAAGGCUCCUGUGAUGAACGCCGUUUCUUCCAUAGUCAAGUCUGAGCCAUCAGAAUCUUCACUGGCUCGAAAUGAAGCAAUCCUUUCUCCUCCAAAUAAUAAUACACAGAAUGAAAGGAUUGUUUCACUUUCUUCCAUUGCCAAGAUUAAGGUACCAGAAUCUUUUGGAACUAGAAAUUCAACAACUCUUUCUUCACUGAAUAAUGCUGAGCAACCAGAAUCUUGUCUUACUAGCAAUGUAGCAACUUUUUCUUCAACGAAUAAUUCUUCACAGAAAAACUUGUUGGUGGCUCUUCAAUCAUCAUCAGAUCCAGCAAAACUUGCUUUGGAUAUGAUGCAACGGUCUUUUACAUAUUACUGGAGUCAUAGAGAUGUUAGUUCCAAAGAAAAGGUUGUAUCGAGUAAUAUUUCUCUAUUGAAGACUCUGAUGGGACUCUCCAUACAUGUUGGACCUCAUCUGAAAGAAAAUGCAACAAAUUUAGCAUCCCAGUGGAGAGCACAGUUGAUAGCUGAUGCUGAGGAUUCAUUGGAGAGUUUGGGAUAUUUGCUGUUUAUAGCUAUGUAUGGAUUGGUUGCAACCUUACCUGAAGAUGAGAUUAUAAUGCUUCUUAGAAGGGUUUCGCAGCAUAGACAGUCUCUAUUGUUAUGUCAGACACAUCCUUUUGCAGAUUAUAUCCCUGAUUUUAUACAGAUGCUUAUUGAAAAGAAGCUACUGAUAGAGGCUGUUAAAUCUAUUUGUGCCUUCAAAUUAAAUGACAAGCUCCCCCCAGUGCCACUCUUAAGAGAAUAUGUGGAGGAUGUAAUGAUGUCUGAAGUAAUUUGCAGGUCACAGAUGACACCUGAUGAAAAGGAUAAGGCUGUGAUUGGUAAGAUAGCUAAGCUAAGAGCUGCCAUUCAGUGCAUGAAAGAUUACAACCUCGAGUCUGAAUACUCGAAGACUGUUGAAAUCCAAAUAGUUCAGCUGGAAAUGCUCAAGGAAAAAUGGAGAAGUUUGGCGCCCAAAGUUGAACAAGAAGAGAGAAAAAGAAAGAACCCUUGUGCUAGCUCUUCUGCCCCAAAGUCACAACCAGGAAAAGUAUCAAAAAUAAAAAUCAUCUUCAGUGGUUCGAAACACUAAUGUGAAGUUCCACUCCUGCGAAACUACGAAG